CUCAGACACACCUCUUGUUAUAUUUAUUCGCGUGCCAUUGCCUGAUGUGUGUUCACUCUCUCUUGUCAUUCUUUCUGUAGGACAAGUGACGCUGAGCCAGCUGGUGAAGAAGCACCAUGACCAAGAAAAGGAUCGCUGUAAUUGGGUCAGGAGCAAGUGGUCUCUCUUGCAUCAAGACUUGUCUGGAAGAAGGCUUGGAACCUGUCUGCUUUGAAAGGUCUGAUGACAUCGGAGGACUGUGGAGGUUCCAGGAAAACCCUGAAGAAGGACGGGCCAGUAUUUACAAAUCCGUAAUCAUCAACACUUCUAAGGAAAUGAUGUGCUUCAGUGACUACCUCAUCCCAGACCAUUUCCCCAACUUCAUGCACAACUCCCAGGUCCUGGAGUACUUCAGGAUGUAUGCUAAAGAGUUCAACCUUCUGAAAUACAUCAAAUUCAAGACCACAGUGUGCAGCGUGAAGAAGCAACCUGAUUUCUCUACUUCAGGACAAUGGGAGGUGGUCACUGAGUGUGGAGGGAAAAAGCAGGUGGAUGUCUUUGAUGGAGUCCUGGUUUGCACAGGCCAUCACACAGAUGCUCACCUACCCCUGGAUAGCUUUCCUGGAAUUGAAAAGUUCAAAGGGAAGUACUUUCACAGUCGCGACUAUAAGAACCCAGUAGAAUUCACUGGGAAAAGAGUCAUUGUGAUUGGCAUUGGGAAUUCUGGAGGGGACUUGGCCGUAGAGAUCAGCCACACAGCCAAGCAGGUAUUCCUCAGUACCAGGAGAGGAGCUUGGAUCUUGAACCGUGUAGGGAAAAAUGGAUAUCCUUCUGAUGUGCUUUUCUCGUCUCGAUUUGUCUACUAUUUAUCAAAGAUCCUUAGUUCGUCAUUUAAAAAUGGAUUUAUGGAAAAACAGAUGAACCAAAGGUUUGAUCAUGAAAUGUUUGGCCUGAAGCCUAAACACAGAGCUCUGAGUCAGCAUCCAACAGUAAAUGAUGAGCUGCCAAAUCGCAUCAUCUCUGGCUUGGUGAAGGUGAAAGGAAAUGUGAAGGAAUUCACGGAGACAGCUGCUAUAUUUGAGGAUGGCUCCAGGGAGGAUGACAUUGAUGUAGUCAUCUUUGCCACAGGCUAUAGCUUUGCCUUUCCUUUUCUUGAAGAUUCUGUCAAAGUGGUCAAAAACAAGGUGUCCUUGUAUAAAAAGGUCUUUCCACCUAACCUUGAAAAGCCAACUCUUGCUAUCAUCGGAUUAAUUCAACCUUUGGGAGCCAUUAUGCCCAUUUCAGAGCUCCAAGGACGCUGGGCCAUUCAAGUGUUCAAAGGACUAAAGAAAUUGCCCUCACAAAGUGAAAUGAUGGAAGAAAUAAAUAAGACACGAGAGGAAAUGGCGAAAAGGUAUGUGGAUAGCCAGCGUCACACCAUCCAGGGAGACUAUGUAGACACCAUGGAAGAGAUUGCAGAUUUGAUGGGUGUCAGGCCCAAUCUCCUGUCUCUGGCCUUCACUGACCCCAAGCUGGCAUUACGCUUACUACUGGGACCCUGUACUCCAGUCCAGUAUCGCCUACAGGGCCCUGGAAAGUGGGCCGGAGCUCGACAAGCUAUUCUCACCACAGAAGAUCGCAUAAGAAAGCCUCUGAUGACAAGAGUGGUUGAAAAGGGUGAUUCUGGGGCUUCACUAGUGACAAUACGUGCCAUCAUGCUAGCCAUUGCUUUCUUUGCUGUAAUCCUGGCUUAUUUUCAGAUGUGACCGUGUCAGUCCUCUGGCUUUCCCUGGAAAGCCUCUUCUAGCAACAUCUUCAGAACCUGACAAGACUGGAAACUCAGCUUCAUACUGCUCAGAAGUCGGUCUCGCUGCCUCUUGUCUUUGCCUCUCGUCCUCUGUCUUCGUCUCUCUGUAUCUGCCUCUCAAUCUUUCUUGUUUUUCCUUCUGCGAUACUGGGUUUUCAUUUAUCAGUUCAUCUCCCUUCCUCUCUUGAGCUUCCACUUUUUCCUGUUGGAAAUUCCCAGACGAUGGAGUCAGGCUCUUUUGUCAUCUCCAUACAUCAUUGGCAGGGCUCUGUUGCACUUCUGAUCUCGCACACCUAGACUUCAGUGUGUAAUAAUACAUCUUGAAGAGACCGCUCACGUUACCAAGCACAUAGUGGCUACAACUUGACCUUGUGAGCAGAGCCAGCAUGUCUAUCUCAGGAAUUCCAGCAGCAAGAAUUAACCAUUUAGUGCUGAGGGAUAGAAGUCCAAAGUCAAGGGUGCAGGCAUUGAAGAACUCCUGGCUUCAUUAUUAAUAAAGUGAGGGCAUUGAAUGGCAAAACAGAAACCAUGUCCUUAACUAAGUUCUGAUGUGUGGUACAUGCUUAAUAAGAGCCAAUGAUAUAUGUGAAAUAAGCUGGCAUCCCUGAGUGAGUCUAAUAAAUAACCAACUCCAUGGAACUCUUCUUCUGAUACAAUUAACUACCUAUUAGAAGGUUGAUUUUUGUUGUUAAUAGUAGAACCAAAUAGGCCCAUCUUUAAUGUGGGAAAGAGGUUGCUUUCAUUACCAAGUGCCCUUACUCACCUAGCCAUCUUUCUAUAUCAUGCUUCUACUUUCCUUAAAAAAGGAAACUACUAGACUGAGCACAGUGGCACAUACCUGGAAUUCCAGAACUUGGGAGUUCACUGAAAGUUCAAGACCAGCCUAGUAGUCUACAUAGUGAGUUUCAGGCCAAGCAGGUUUGCCUAUCAAGAACAUGCUUCAAAUGACAACAACAGCAAAAUACAAAACAAGAAAAGAAAUUGCUAUUUGGUUUUAAAAGUCAUUGAGAUAACUUGCCAUCUUCCAAUAGGUUUGCUGAAGAAUUUGGGGGUUUUGCUUAGCUGUCCUGGCUUGAUCUGUGAGUGCCUGUAUUAGGAUCCAGUAAGACUUAAGCUAAGGAGAUAAGUGACGGCCAGCUGCUGAGGUGGGGUCUGCCCAUGUGAUUACUUUUCCCCUCUCUACCCUCUCCUUCCUUCAGAGUCUACACAGUAAGAAUCAAUGAGGUCAUUUAUGUCUCAUUAGAAUUCAUUUCUGCCGAUAUUAAUAUUGACUGGGAGCAUUCUGACUAUAUCAGUUCUUCCUGUAUGAUACAGUGUAGUUCAGAAAAACAGGAAAUGACCUGUGUAGCAAGCUUUCUUAACCGGCUAUCUUUGGACCAUCAGCCCACAGUGACCCAGGCUCUUAAUAUUAAUUAUGGAAGCUUGCCCUUACCUUAGGCUUUUUCCCAACUAGCUCUUAUAACUUAAUUAACUCGUAGUUUUUAAAAUCUAUAUUCUGCCACGUGGCUCAGUUAUCUCUUCUUACUAUGGCACAUCUGUCUUGCUCUGAGUCAUUGGUGAAAUUGCGCACCUAGAUUCCUCCUCCUAGUUUCUCAUUCUCUGCCUAGAAGUCCUACCUAUACCUCCUGCCUAGCUAUUGGCCAUUCUUCACUUUUUGAAAAAAAAUUACAGCAAGCACAGCAAUAUGCCUUCACUGAACUCCCUGGGGACAGGUAUUGGACAUGCAAGCAGGGUGUCUUCAGAAAUUACUGCUGUGUAGUAUAUCUCUAAAUGGACUGUUGCCAAUCAUUGAAAGAGGAGAUAAGUUUGAUCAGCUCAAAGAGAAACAUUAGAAUAAACACAUAUACAUAAGCAGAUAUGUGAGAAUUUCAAACUCUUUCCUAUUCAUACAUGUAUUUGGACAGUCUCAUAACAUUUCACCCCGUGUACCUUCUGUGAACUUAAGCACUGUGUUCUGGUAUGGUUCCUGGGGUCUUUGUCCUUUCCCAAUAAUGUUUCUCAUAAUUGAAGUGGAUCUGGGAUUUUUUUAAUCUGAAGAUUGCUUUUCUUCAAGAAUAAAUUGAAGCUCUGCAUCUGAA